AUGGCAGAGAAUGGGGUAUUUUUCGGUAGUAGCAGAGCAUGUACUAUUAAUUGGAUUGUUAAUCAUGUGGUUCUUUAUUUUGACUUGGGUAAAGAGACUUAUGCUCAUUUUACCCUGCCUGGUACGGAUUCAAGUGAUUUUCAAUGCAAAAAGUUAUGUGUUUUGAGAAACUGCCUUUCUGUUUGUUAUGGGUAUUCAAGAACACAACACUCAAUUGUGUGGCAGAUGAAAGAAUAUGGAGAUGCUAAAUCUUGGACUAAAUUGGCAAUGAUUUCCUUCCGCGGCCUUGUUUCUCCCUUACAACCUCUUUAUAUCUCGGAAACUGAUGUGCUUUUGGCCGUUUUUUCAUCUUUCAAAAUAGUUUUGUGUAACUUAAAUGCUGGCAGCGUAGAUUUUCCUGUGAUUGACGGCAUGGAGAAGAAUCGUUAUCUUUAUCAAAGUGAAGGUUCUUGGAUAGCUUAUAUCUACCAUGAAAGCUUAGUUUCACCAAAUGGUCUUCAAAGCAACUCAUCCAAAAUGCUGCUGCGCUUCUUCAAACCUCAAACCCAGGCCUAUCGUCUCUUGGUGACGCCAUUGCCGAAUGACCAACUUUGUGAUUGA